AUGGCAUCCUCUUCAGAGCCCCAAGCAUGGCCAAUGGCAGAUGCUGCGUUGACACAGGAGCUCUUGGACUUGCUACAGCAAUCUAUGCACUACAACCAAGUCAAAAAAGGUUCCAAUGAAGUUACAAAGUCUGUGACCCGAGGCAAUUCCGAGAUUGUCAUUCUUGCUGCCGACACCGACCCACUUGCAAUACUGACGCAUCUUCCACUGCUGUGCGAAAGAAUGAAUGUCCCGUACGUCUUCGUACCUAGCAAGCAGGCGAUGGGCCGGGCGUGCGCGGUGAGCAGGCCGAUUAUCGCCGCGACUAUCACCUCAAACUAUGCCAGUGAACUCGCCCAACACAUUGAGCAGACUAAAAGCAAGGUGGAGAGGCUUGCAAUCUAA